AUGUUUACUCAAGCCACUUCUACUACCCUUUUCGAGAACGUCGGCGUCUCCCAUCGCGAGAACCCCGACACUGAGCUUGCCGCUCUGAUCAACGCUGCCUGGAGCAUCGUGGUCUGGCAGUAUACCGGCCAGGAAGACACUCGCUUCAUCACCGCCACUACAUCGGGAGAGGCCGACGAUCUUGAAUCCACCUACCAAGUAUGCAACGCACAGCUCGACGGCGCAACAACAAUCUCCGACUUCAUCCAGCAAACACACCAAGCGACAAAGGAGCCGGCCUCCGACCAGGUCCCUUUGGCCUCCUCACGAAAUGAGGCCGCUACCUCGCCAUUCCUGCAAUCGAUUACGACCCUCACCUCCAACAAGACCUAUCUCAACUCCUCCUCCCCCAGCCAUCUGGAUGCUACGGGCGCACUAAUUGAGCUCGUGGCUAUUCCUCUGCCAUUUGGCAAGCUCGAACUCGUGGUGCGUUUUGCGCCAUCUACCAUCGACCAAGAACGAGCCGAUCACCUCGCGGCUGCUUUUGCGCACGUUCUUAAUUUGAUCAACGACCCCGACCGGCGUCACGACCGCCUAGAUGCCAUCGAUCUAGUCAGUAACUACGAUAAGGCAAAGCUUUGGACCUGGAAUAGCGUCCAGCUGCCGGAGACGGUCGAAUCAUGCGUCCAUUUCCUCUUCCGCCAGCGCGCGCAGGAGGAGCCGGACAUGCUCGCUGUGGACGCCUGGGACGGCCGCUUCACCUAUGGCGAGCUGGACGCUAUUUCCGAUCGCAUCGCAGUCUGGCUAGCUCGAGAAGAGGGCAUCCGACCGGAAUCCAUUGUACCCCUGUGCUUUGAGAAGAGCCGCUGGGCCAUCGCCGCCCUGUUGGGUGUGAUCAAAGCGGGUGGUGCUAUUGUGUUUAUCGACCCAGCUAACCCAGUCAGCCGCAGGCAAGAUAUCAUGGAACAAAUCGACGGUAAGUGGGUACUGAGCUCGAAAAGCCAGGCCGAAACGUGGGAAAACGAAAUGGGCGUGCGAACCAUCGUCUUAGACGAACAAUUCGCCGCCUCUCUGCCGGUCGAGGAUCAUAUCCUCGAGUCCGGUGUUACCCCUAACAACCUCCUCUACCUUAUUUUUACUUCAGGAAGCACAGGUAAGCCGAAGGGCUGUCUCAUCCCGCACAAGGCAUUCAUCUCGGGUGCCCUCGUUCACGCCUCUCUAUCCAAUCUCUCCCGCGGUAGUCGUGUCUUGCAGCUCGCCUCGUACAGUUUCGAUGUGAGCAUGUUGGAGAUCAUGACUUCCCUUAUCUCGGGUGCAUGUGUAUGCACCCCAGACAUGGCGAGCAUGGCCCAGGGUCUCCAGCCCAUCUUCGACAAAUUCGACAUCACAUGGGCCUUCUUGACGCCGUCGCUAGUCAAGCUGCUGCGACCUGAGAUGGUUCCCAACCUCAAGACGCUCGCCCUGGGUGGCCGCGCCGUUGGCGGUCUUUGCUGGAUCGUGGAUGCCGAAAAUCACGACCGGCUCGUCCCCCUUGGCGCCGUCGGCGAGCUAUUGAUCUCCGGUCCCAUUCUCGCACGGGGAUAUUUGAAUGAUGCAGAAAAGACGGCCGCCUCUUUCAUUGAGAACCCGAUCUGGACCGAAGGCUGGUCACUGACACCAUCAGGCGCGACGGUCUCAAGUGAAAGCGCAUCCAUGCGCUUCUACAAGACUGGUGACUUGGCCAGGUUCAACCUUGACGGCACCAUCCAGAUCCUUGGGCGCAAAGACACCCAAGUCAAACUCCGUGGAUUACGUGUGGAGUUGGGCGAAAUUGAGCACAACAUCGCUCGCCACCCCCACAUCAAACAUGCUGCGGCGUUCCUCCCCAAGACUGGGCGGUGUAGGGAGAAAAUCGUCGCCGUUGUAUGUCUGAAAGAUUUUGCUCAGGACUCCAAAGCUGGUCGAUCCGAUGCGCCCAUCGACGUGCUAUUUGAAGAUGAGAGGCCAGAUGUUAAGGUUCAGGCCGAUGCCGUUCGGAACCACCUGCGCGAAUGUGUGCCGGAAUACAUGGUUCCCGCCGUCUGGAUCGUGAUCGAGGCAUGGCCGCUAUUGGUGUCGGCCAAGCUCGAUCGCAAGCGGGUCUUUAACUGGCUGUUGGACAUGGAUGAGGGCCUGUACAAUCGCCUUUUGGGUUUGCUCGGUACUGACGUGUCAGAAAACGGCUCUUCGGAUGAGAAGUCUGACGCCCAUCUGUCCGAGGUUGAACGAACCCUUCGCGACAUCUUCGCUCAGGCCUUGAACACUCCCGCUCACAGUUUGCCGCUGAACAAGUCUUUCAUUGCGCUUGGUGGCGACAGUCUUGCUGCCAUGCGUGUGAUCUCACAAUGCCAGCGUGCCGGCUUGAAUGUGACAGUCCCGGACAUGAUGAAGAGUAAAUGCAUCAAGGACUUGGCUGGCCGCGUGGAGAAGACCUCUGGGAUGAAACCAAAGCCAGAUGUUUUGGAUGUCUCAUUUCCACUUUCGCGGGCUCAGCAGUUCUGCCUGGGUGACGGGAGGGCGGCAAACCAUCUCACGCAGAGCAUUCUUUUAAAACUGGAUAGCACUGUUUCGGCCGCUCGUGUCAAGGCUGCGUUGGAAGCCAUUGUCACCCGCCACUCCAUGUUGCGGGCACGCUUUGGUGAGUCAGAAGAGAAGGGCGCCCUGUCUCUCAGGCAGACGGUCACCUCUGAGAUCGAGGGUUCUUACAGCUUUCAGCAUCACCGCAUAGAACGUCCUGAGGAUAUCACCACAAUCGCAGCCACAGCAGACGCCGUGUCCCUCUCUGGGCCAAUCUUCUCCGCUGGUCUGGUUACAGGAGCGGAAAAGCAAUUAUUGGUCUUGAGAGCCCACAGUGCUGUGGUCGACGGCGCCUCCUGGAGCAUCAUCAUACGGCAGCUCCAGACCUGCUUGAGUCUCCCAGAUGGGCCUCUUCUGGGCGAAGAAGCCCAGGAGCCAGUCUCUUUCCAGAACUGGAUCAGUGUCGAGAGAGAGACAACGGGUGACGAGAUUGCAGUCGCGCCACGCAUUCUGCUAGCAUCGGAGGUUGACAUGGACUACCAGGCAGUGGAGCUUGACCAGGCAACAACUACUCUGCUCUUGAGCGAGGAAGUACACAAGCCACUGCGGACUCACGUCGUCGACUUCAUGAUGGCAAGUCUGAUGCUUUCAUUUAGCCAAACAUUUGGCGGCCGGGAGACCCUACCCACACUUGCUUUGUGGGAGGAUGAGCGUGGACGCGCGUCUGAAGAUUUUGGCAUUGACCUCUCGCAAACCGUUGGUCGAUUCGAGACUCUGCGUGCAUUGAAUCUCGAUACGGCCGAUACGAGCACCAACGACGCGCAAGUGCGCAUGUUGAAGGAGAUCAAGGACGCCCGGAAAACGAUAAUGGAGCCAAGCAGUAUUCAGAACCCGGAGAUCUCGUUUCGCUACCGCGAUCUGUCGAACAUUAUUGACGGUCCUCGCAGCCUUGUGCAAAUCAAACCGCGUCCCGUCUUUCUCCCUGCACCCGGAGCGGCUCCUUUGGUUAGCAACAUCUCCAUUGUGGCGGAAGUCAUCGAUGAGAAUAUUCAGCUUGCCUUUUCUUUUAACAAGAAGGUUGUUCAAGAGAACCAGGUCAAGGCGUGGAUUGCGACCGCGCAGGAAACGCUUGCUUCCCUCGUUGUCAAGAUGGUCAACGCCCCGGUUGAAUACACCCCAACAGACUUCCCGUUAUUGCACGGAAUCAGCUACAACACCCUGGACAAGCUCAUCAACGAACAACUGCCCCAGAUCGGCCUUAUUCCUGGGCCUGAGUCUUCGUUGAUCGAAGACAUUUAUCCAUGCUCGCCCAUGCAGCAGGACCUGUUACUUAGCCAGCACCGGUCCGCGGAUGACAUGUAUGAUGUCUAUCAUAUCGCGGAACUGAGGCCACGCGAUGCCAGGGAGUCGGUGUCUGUUGAGCGACUUGUGAAGUCGUGGACAGAGGUCGUGCAGCGACACACGUCUCUCCGGACAAUCUUCGUUGAAAGCUCCGACAGUGAGGCACAGUUCAACCAGGUCGUGCUGGCCCAUACCCAGCCUAGCAUCUCCAUCGUGGACUGCAAUGGCCCUGCCGAAGAUUUCGCGUCCGUCCUUGCCAACCAAGAGCCCAUCUCGAUCAGAGGACCCGAGCCUGCGCAUCGGUUGUCUAUCUGCCGCAUUGCAGGAGCCAGCCACGUUGUCAUCAAACUAGAGAUGAACCAUGUCAUCGUGGAUGGCGUCUCUGCGACUGUGAUUGUCCGUGAUCUACUGCAGGCGUAUGAUGGGCAUGCGGCGCAAUUGGAGCCUGCAAUGCCGUUCCGCAAUUACAUCUCCCACAUCCGCGAGACGCCUCUGGAAUCAUCAAUCGACUUCUGGGCAGAUUACCUCAGGGGUCAGAGUGCGACCAUGGUUCCCAGGCUGGCCAGCCUAGAGACAGAGAACCAAGGUGAGAGACAGUUGAACGUGGUGUCAGUUCCCCUGAAAGAGGAGGGCGUCUCAAAUGAGGCGCUUCUCGACUUCUGCCGGAGGACCUCCGUCACCCCUGCCAACGUGUUCCAGGCUGCCUGGGCACUGGUACUCCGGGCUUAUGCCGAGUCGCCCGAGCAAGUCUGCUUCGGUUACCUCUCGGCAGGGCGCGACGCUCCCCUCCCGGGCAUCCAAGAAGGAGUUGGUGCUUUCCUCACUAUGCUGGUGAGCCGUCUGUCUUUUGCAACAGAGGAGAAGGAAAAUGGGGUUGAUACCACUGCCACCGUUACAACAUUGCUCGAUGCGGUGCACAUUGUUGCCGAUGACUAUGUCAAUGCCCUGCCUCACCAGCACGUUGGUCUCUCCAAUAUCCAGCACGCACUCAAGACAGGAGGCAGUCCACUCUUCAAUACCAUCAUUGCAGUAAACCGUGAUGUUGAUAGCCCAGCCGAUUCGUCACUCAUGUUCAAGAACAUCGGGGAUCACGAACCCGAUGAGUACGCCAUCGUCCUAGACGUGCAGCUCAACGGCUCUAACACGGCGCGUGCUUCACUCCGUCACUGGACCGAUCACUUGACGGCCAAGCAAGCAGGCAAUAUUGCGAGUGCGCUCGGAAAUGCCGUUCAAGCAAUUAUAACCCGGCCGGAUACCCCUAUCAGCGAGGUCGAACUUGUGGGCGUCGCCCAUACGGAUCAACUGUUGUCCUUCAACACCCACGAACUGCCACGGGCAAACCGAUUGAUCUUCACAAAUUUCGAGAAGCUCGCCCGCGUGCAGCCUCGCGCUCCGGCGGUGUGUGCUUGGGAUGGCGAGUGGACAUACAGUCAGCUCGAUGAUGUAUCCAACCGGCUCGCACAUUACCUGCGUAGCUUGGCCGUAGGUCCCGAGACCGUUGUGCCACACUGUUUCCCGAAGUCAGGUUGGACCAUCGUGACGUGCCUUGCGAUUCUGAAAGCCGGUGGUGCCUUCGUCGGCCUGGAUCCGACGCAUCCAAGAAAGCGACUGGAGGGUUUGGUCCAAGAAGCCGGAGCCAAGGUGGUGUGUGUGGCACCGCAGAAUCGGCACUUGUUCGAAGGGUGUGACAACUUGACCAUUGUGGAGAUCACGCCAGAGUUCGUUGCCAAGCUCCCUUCAAAGUCUGGCCCGGCAUGCAGUUACAUCCAGCCAAACAAUGCGGCUUGCGUCGUUUUCACGUCUGGUACGACCGGUCGGCCCAAGGCUGUAGUGGUGGAACAUGCCUCGAUGGCGACCCUGUCAGAUCUCAUGGGUCCUGCGGUUCGUAUCGGCCCAGAGGCUCGCGUCUUCCAGUUCGCCAGCUACACCUUUGAUACAUCGAAUCAGGACAUUUUCACGACCCUCCAGCGCGGUGGCUGCGUCUGCGUGCCGUCAGAUGAGGACCGUGUCAAUGAUAUCCCUGGAGCAUUGAACCGCCUUCGUGCUAACCACGCCCACUUAACCAGCACCGUUAUUAGUCUCAUGCGCCCGGAGCAGGUCCCCCAGCUCCGAUGGUUGUUCAGCGCUGGCGAGCCCCUUACCCGGGAGAACGUUGAGAUCUGGGCGCCAGCAGUCGAGCUUUACAACAGCUAUGGCCCGGCCGAGUCAUCUGUCGCCGUCACUUGUACACCCACCCGUCUGAGCGCGAAUGGCAGCCCAGCAAACAUCGGUCAGGCUUUUGGUUGCCACGCAUGGAUCGCGGAUCCCACCGACUACCACAAGCUGAUGCCUCUGGGUGCCGUGGGCGAGCUCCUUCUUGAGGGUCCGCUGCUCGCGCGUCACUACCUGAACAACCCAGAACAGACAGCUGCAGCCUUUGUCCAGAACCCCAGAUGGGCGAAGAGUAUGACUCCACACCAGAACCGGCGAUUCUACCGAACCGGCGAUCUGUGUCGCUUCAACCGUGACGGCAGCCUGACCAUCAUCGGCCGUCGUGAUAGCCAGAUCAAGAUUCACGGCCAGCGCGUUGAGCUUGACCACAUCAAGUACGAAGUUCAGGCCCAGCUCGCCCAGCUUGACCAGUCGAGUCUGGUUUCCGUUGAUGCCGUGAUGCUUCCAAAGGUCCAAAUCCAGGACCGAACUUUGGUAGCAUUCGUUCAGUUCCUCGACGAGGCGCCUGCGAAGCCCCUGGACACUUUGUCCAUUCCCAUGACUGAGACGCUCGCCCGCCUGUUCUCCGACCUGAAGCGAGCCCUCAAGACAAGCCUACCUCAAUACAUGGUCCCGGCCAUGUUCGUCCCAAUCACGCAGAUUCCACGAACCGCGAACGGCAAGCUGGCUCGUAAUGUCCUGCGGGAGAUAAUCGCUGGUCUUUCCGAGGCCGACGUUUCUCGUUACAUGCUGCAGGGUGAGACCACGAAGAAAGCCCCGACGACACCCCGUGAGCAGAAGCUUCAAGCCGCCUGGAGUAAAGUCCUGAACUUGCCCUUGGAGAAGGUGGGCGCUUCUGAUGACUUCUUCCAACUUGGAGGCGACUCAGUUGUGGCCAUGCGGCUUGCAGGCGCUGCACGAGUGGCAGGCAUGUCCUUGACUUUCGCGGACAUCUUCGCGAAUCCCGUCUUGUCCGACAUGGCCCAAGUCGUGCGAAUGGGCGAUGAAUCUGGAGAACAGGAGACAGAUGAGAAAGCAUUUGACCUUGUCCCACUGUCAUCCACGUCAUCACUGCAGACGAUUCGCGCCGAAGCGGCAACACAGUGUGGUGUCAGGCCUGAUGCCAUCGUUGAUAUGUACCCAUCCACCCCACUACAGGAGGGUCUGGUCGCUCUUUCGAUGCGACAAACCGGAGCGUACAAGGAUCAGCGCAUCCUGCGCCUCACAGACCCAAAUUACGACGUGUCUAGAUUCCGCCGUGCGUUCGAUGCCGUUGUCUCCGCCGAACCUAUUUUCCGAACGCGCUUUGUGAGCGUCAGUGGCGCCGGACUCCUCCAGACGGUACUGAAUGUCCCGGUUGACUGGAUCAAGCGCGACAAUCUGGCCGCGUAUCUCGACGAGGAUUUAAACGCUCCGGUGACCUAUGGAAGUGCGCUCAUCCGUCUCGCCAUGGUAGAGGAGAACGGAGAACGUUACAUCGUGUGGUCAGGACACCAUGCACUGUGCGACGGCUUCAGCAUGGACAUCACAUUCGAACAGAUUGCCCACGCGAUGGCACACGAGGGUUCCGUGGUCCCCAAGCCGGUCUCCUUCAAGGGAUUCAUCCGCUUCUUGCAGGAUCAGGAACGAGACAGCUCUGCCAGGGAGUACUGGCAGAAGCAGUUCCCUGCUGACGGCGAGGCACCGCCCCAAUUUCCACCCAGGCCACAAGGUCACCAGGUUGUUCCUCAUCGCGCUUGUCGCUUACAAUUCCAGCUGAAUCGCCCGGCUGGAACCAAGAUCUCAGUGACGAACUAUCUGCGCGCCGCAUGGGGUCUCGUCGUGGCUCGACACCAGGACAGCUCGGACGUUCUGUUCGGCGUGACCCUUUCUGGCCGAAACGCCCCGGUUGCAGGUAUCUCUACCAUGAACGGGCCCACAAUGACAACCGCCCCGUUCCGCAUGACCGUUCCGUUGGAUAGCGAGACAACGGUAGCUCAGUACCUGGACGCCCUCCACCAACAGGCCAUUACAAUGAUGCCGUUUGAACACACCGGUCUGCAGAAUAUUCGUCGUCUCAAUGAGCUGGCUCGUGCGGCUGUAGACAAUAUGGGACAUCGUUUUGCGGUGGAGCCGAGCAUCAGCGACGUCAGCGAGGCCCUUGACGGCAUGGAAAUUGUAACCGCCGAUCUUCCAGAGGGCUUUUACACCGAUGCCUUGGUCAUUCGCAACUACGACCACAGUGAUGGAGCAAUCGUCGUGGAAGCUCGCUAUGAUCACACCUUGAUCUCUGACCGGGAUAUGCAGAGACUGCUUAGCCAAUACAACCAUGUGGUCCAGCAACUGACCAGUCAACCGGAGACGUGCAUUCGUGAUAUCCAAGUGCUUAGCCCCGACGACAUCAGUGAGAUCAUGUCAUGGAAUGGUGAUCUACCUGAAACGGUUCAAGGGUGCGUGCAUCAACUUGUCGCAGAGCGAGCGAAGAAGCGUCCAGACGCUGAGGCCGUGUGUGCCUGGGACGGAAGUUACACCUUUGGGGAACUGGAUGGGGUGACCGAACGCCUCGCAGCCCAUCUUCAGAACCUCGGCGUCGGCCCAGAAGUGACGGUCGCUCUUUGCUUUGACAAGUCCAAAUGGAAUGUCGUCUCUAUGUUAUCCAUCCUGAAGGCUGGCGGUUGCUACACGGCCUUGAGUCCGGCAUACCCAGCCGCUCGCAUGCAGGAUAUCCUCCAGGAUGUCCAAGCACCCCUGGUACUGUGCUCACCCCACCAUGCAGAUAAGUUCUCUGGCAUGGCGCCCAAGGUUCUGCCAAUCGAUGAUGCCAGUUUCGAAUACCUACCCAAGCAAACAACAACCGACCGCGUCACCUCCGCAGUGCAACCAUCCAAUGCAGCACUGAUCGUUUUCACCUCCGGCAGUACCGGUAAGCCCAAGGGCGCAAUCAUUGAACAUCGUGGUUUGUGUUCCAUGCAACACUAUGAAGGACCUCAUGUACAAAUGGGACCGGAUACUCGCACACUACAAUUCGCCUCCCAUGUCUUCGACGUGUCCAACUCGGAGGUUUUUACCACCUUGAUGCGCGGUGGCUGCGUGUGCGUGCCGUCUGAGAUCGAGCGACUUAGCGACCUCGCUGGCGCAGUUAACAAGUACAGAGUGAACUGGUCCUUCCACGUUCCAACAACUGCAGAGACACUCGAUCCGGAGCAGAUGCCAGGCUUGAAGCAUCUGGCAUUAGGCGGUGAGGCCAUCAGUCAAGGCCUAUGUGACCGCUGGGCAUCUCGUGUGACAUUACUCAAUUCAUAUGGACCCUCGGAGUGCAGUAUCUGGACCAGUGUCUCGCAUCUGCAGCCAGGGACCUUGUCUCCGAACAACAUCGGUCGCGGACUUGGCUGCCGGACAUGGAUCACCGAAGCAAAUGACCACAAUCGUCUGGUGGCGAUUGGGUGCGUGGGUGAACUCUGUGUAGAAGGCCCAAUCGUCACACGAGGCUAUAAAGCCAAUCCCGAACAGACCGCUGCUGCCUACAUCGAGAACCCAGCAUUUGCGCGGGCUCUGGGCAUCCAAGCCAUGCGCAUCUACAAGACAGGUGACUUGGUCAAGUAUGAUGCAGACGGCACUAUCCUCUAUGUCGGCCGUAAGGAUAGCCAAGUCAAGGUCCGUGGACAGCGCAUUGAGCUGAGCGAGGUGGAACAAAACAUCGUGGCCCACGGCAUUGAUGCAGACGCUGUCGUUGUCGAAAAGGUCUUCUUGGAUGGGAACAAAGACCGCGUGGCUCUGGCGGCCUUCCUAAGACUCAAUGCAUCCUCUGAGUCGACUGGUGCAUCUGGGGAUGUCGAAAGCAUGGACGUCGUUCGAGACCAGCUCGUCGCCCUCAAGAACCACUUAUUGGACACCAUUCCUCCUCACAUGGUCCCCUCUUUCUUUAUUCCUCUACGAUCCAUGCCUGUGACACAGACGGGAAAGAAGAACCGCAAAGCGCUCAGGACACUUGGCGCAUCUUUGUCGUCCGAGCAAAGACAACAGUAUACUCUGGACGAUGAAGCCGAUUCAUCAAACACCAACGGAGGUCGCGCAUGCACAAGCGAAGCUGAGAAGCGGCUCCGAGCAUUGUGGUCUGAAGUCCUCGGAAUCUUCCCAGAGGAGUCAAUCUCAGCCAACGACAAUUUCUUCCACAGAGGAGGUGAUUCAAUUCAAGCCAUGCGACUUGCGGCCGCGGCUCGUCGCGCUGGCAAAGCGCUGGCAGUGAGCGACUUGUUCCGCAUGCCGCGACUGUACCAAAUGGCCGAGCUCUGGGAGAGCAGUGUGCAAAGCCAAGACGCAACCAUUGCGCCUUUCUCGCUGCUCCAGCCAGAGAUCGUUGACGACGCUAUUCAGGAGGCCGUUCGCCAAUGCAAUGUCGAUGCGAGCGACAUCGAAGACAUUUAUCUCUGUUCGGCACUGCAGGAAGGUCUCAUGGCAGUCUCCACUCGGAAGCAGGGCUCCUACAUCUCGACAAGAAUCUUCGACUUGCCAGCUGAUCUCGACAUUGAUCGCUUUAAGGGGGCAUGGCAAAAGGCCGCCGACGUCUUCCCGAUCCUGCGUACGCGCAUUAUCCUCGGUCGUGCCUCCGAGUCUCUCCAGGUCGUGCUCAAGGAACAGCUAGCAUGGCAGACCAUCACCGAUGAGACAUCCUUUAGCCUUCCCGUGAUUGAGUACGGAGGCCGUCUGUGCUCCUUUGCAAUUGACAUCGAGGCACGCAAAUUUGUCUUGGCCCUCCAUCACGCUCUUUAUGAUGGCUGGAGUGCCACGGUACUCCUUGGGGCUGUGGAAAAGUUCUACGCGGGUGAGCAAUAUCAGGUGGGUCCAGGAUAUAAUGUCUUCAUUCGGCAUCUCUCUCAAGUUGAUCAAUCCGAGUCGGACAAUUUCUGGAAAGAUCAGCUCAGUGGUACACCCGCACAUUUCCCCAAGUUGCCCUCCAAAACAUACGAGGCCAAGAACAGCGCCAACGUCUCUCACACCAUCCGUCUACCAGCGCCCGAGCAUCAACCCACUGGAAUACUCAAGUCAACCUUGCUCCGAGCGGCAUGGGCCAUCGUGAGUUCCAGGCAUGGCGGGUCCAAUGAUAUUACCUUUGGUGCAGCCCAAUCAGGUCGCGACUGCGCUGUCCCUGGCAUCGUGGAAGUUGUCGGCCCAACUGUUACGACGGUACCGGUUCGGAUCCAGAUCAAUGACGACGAGGCCAUCGUCAACUUCCUCCAGCGGGUUCAAGAGCAAUCUGUCAGCAUGAUCCCGCACCAGCAUGCCGGCGUACAAACACUUCGACAGUUGGGCAAAGACGUCCAACCCGCGCUUGACUUCACUACAUUGUUCGAGUUCGGGGAGGAUUCCACCCAGAGUGGCUUCAUCACUGAGAUAGAAAUGCCUGAGCUGCUGGAUGGACUCUGGUCAUACCCUAUUGUUUUUGAGUGCCAUCUGGCUCAGAGCGGGGAGACUGUCAACGUUUUGGCACGACAUGACCCGACCGUCAUUCCCACGCACCAGAUGGAUUGGAUCUGCAAACAGUUCGAACACGUCGUCGACCAGCUCUACCGUAUGGCAUCUGACGGGCUCGAGGCUAGGAAGGUUGGUGAACUCGACCUCUUCGGCCCAAGUGACUUUACCCAAAUCGAGGCCUGGAAUGCUAGAUGGCCUGUGGGUUCCAUCGACGGCAAGGCAGUUCACGAGGCCAUUGCCGAGCAAUGCCGACUUCAUCCCCAGAACCUCGCCCUCUCAGGCUGGGAUGGCGAGAUGACCUACGCCCAGCUAGAGCACUACGCGACAAAGCUAGCAAAGACACUUGUUUUAAAGGGCGUUGGACUCGAAGUCAUGGUUCCACUCUGCUUUGACAAGUCCACCUGGGCCAUCGUGUCUACCAUAGCUAUCAUCAAAGCCGGAGGCGUCGUUGUGCAUCUUGGGCCUACUCACCCGGCGAACCGCAGAAAAGAGAUCUUGAAGACGAUCGGGGCCGAGUUUGUAUUGGUCUCGCCGCAACACACUGGCAUCUUUGAUGAUGCCGCUGUCACAACCAUCCCGAUUGACCGAGAGUAUUUGGAUCGACUGCCCGAUGUUGACUACGUGGAACUGCCCAAGGUCAAGCCCUCCAACGCAGUCUAUGUUUGCUUCACUUCAGGAAGCACGGGUCGGCCCAAGGGAAUUGUGGUCGAACACGGCAAUCUGCGCAUGAGCGCACAGGCACAUGGUGCUCAAUUCAAGGUCAACCCUGGCACCAGGGUGUUCCAGUUCUCGGCUUAUACUUUCGAUAUCGGUCUCGGUGACAUUUUCAUUUCCCUCCAACGCGGAGCCACCAUCUGCACGCCAUCUGAGUGGGAGAGGUUGAACGAGCUUCCUGGAGCUAUCACCAAAUAUAAGGCAAACUUCAUGUCGGUCACCCCGUCGGUGGCCAAACUUCUCCGCCCAGAAGCCGUUCCAACACUGCGUACCCUUGUCCUCGGUGGUGAAGCACCCACUCAAGACAACGUGCAAACCUGGUCCGAUAAAGUGAACCUAGUUAUCAUUUGGGGACCAGCCGAGACCACCAUCUACGCAUCGGCUACGCCGCCCACCACUCGGCAAACAAGUGCACAAGGCCUCGGAAACCCAAUGGGUAGUGUAAUGUGGCUGUGCGAUCCAGACAACCACAACAGGCUGGUGCCCCUUGGUUGCGUUGGUGAGAUUGUUGUCGAGGGCCCGCUUGUCUCGCGUGGCUAUCUCAAGGAUGAGGCAAAGACGGCAGCUGCGUACAUCGAGGAUCCAGUCUGGGCUAAGAAGCUGGACAAGAGUGCCUCGCCUCGCCGGAUGUACAAAACUGGAGAUUUGGCACGCUACGACGCCAACGGAUAUAUGUUAUUCUCCGGUCGUAAAGACAAUCAGGUGAAGCUCCACGGACAAAGAAUGGAGCUAGACGAAGUUGAACACGCCAUGUUAAGACACGAAAGAGUGCGCCAGGCUGUCGCGCGUAUCCCUCGGCACGGACCACUCAAAGACAAGCUGGUGGCGAUGUUGAGUCUCCAUGAUGUCUCAUCGACCAACUCCCCCGUUGCAAACACAAUUAUUGUGCUUGAUGAAGCCUCCCAUGGUAUUAAGGUUGGACAGGAACUUGCCUCCGUGCGUGAGUUGCUGCAGAAGAACCUGCCAAGCUACAUGGUACCAACAAUUUGGAUUGGUGUCGAGGCUGUUCCGCUGAGCGCCAAUUCGAAGGUUGAUCGGAAAUCCGUUGAUGCUUGGAUGGAAGAGAUGGAUCAGGAAACUUAUGCCUCGUUGCUGCGCGACGGAGGUAGUGAUAAGAAAGAAGAAGAAAUUCGCCGCCCAUCCACCCCGGUGGAGCAAAUUCUGUGCAACCUCAUCAGCAAGAUCCUUGGCUUGAACUCGGAGACACUCAACCUCAACUCUUCGUUCCUGGCCCUUGGUGGCGACUCCGUCGCUGCCAUGCAGUUGCGUAGCAAGUCUCGCGCUGAGGGAGUUACGGUCUCCAUGCUGGACAUUAUCAGGAGCAAGAGUCUCGUCGAGCUUGCGUCUAAGGCGGAAUAUACCGAACCAACUGUGAAGAAGGUCCAGGACGGGUCCUUUGAUCUCUCGCCAAUCCAGCAGAUGUACUUCGAUCUCGUGGGAUCUGCUGCAGAUGCAAACAUUGGUCAUUUCGACCAGAGCAUUCUUCUGGAAGUCAACAGCGACGUGGCGCCUCAAACCUUGCGACAGGCCCUCGCACAGGUUGUUCGGCGGCACUCAAUGCUCCGCGCCCGAUAUGCUCGAAACGAUGCCGGCCAGUGGUAUCAGUACCUUGCUGAAGAUUCAGCCAAUUCAUUCCAUUUCAGCGUCGAAGAUGUGGAAGACGGUUAUCAAGUGUCCAGAAUACUGAGGAACAUGGGUGGCGUGUUUGACAUCGAGAAGGGCCCAGUCUUCGCUGCCCGCGUAUACAAUCUUCGUUCAGAGCGCAAACAGUUGAUUUUUGUUCAUGCUCAUCAUUUGGUGGUGGAUGUGGUUUCGUGGCACGUUCUGCUGGGCGAUCUGGAGCUUGCCAUUGCCACUGGCAGCUUGGCCGGCCCAGCUCCGCUCUCUUUCCAGAGUUGGUUGCGUUCUCAAAAGGAAAUGGCGCAGUCUCUUGAACCACGAGACCUGCUACCUUUCUCAAACACAAGCAUGCCUGUGGCCAACUUUGAAUAUUGGGGAAUGGGAGGCAACAAGUCCAACAGAUACUGCGACGCCGUCGUGACCGACUUUUGGCUCGAUGAGUCCCUAACGACCCAGUUAAUGAGUGUCAGCAAGGGGACUUCAAGCGCUGCCCCUGUCGACAUCAUUCUGGCUUCUCUUCUCCACACCUUUGCAGCCGUUUUCCCUGACCGUGCCGCACCACCAGUCUUCUCUGAGGGCCAUGGUCGCGAGUCAUGGAACAACCAGAUCGAUCCUUCCGGCACAGUGGGUUGGUUCACAACUAUGAGCCCACUGCAUGUAUCUGAUCUGCAAUUGGAUAUUAUCAAGACCGUGCAGACCGUAAAGGAUCUCCGUCGCCGGCUACCGGCUAACGGCAUGUCAUAUUUCAGCUCCAGGUAUCUCUCCGACAAAGGGCGCAAAGCCUUUGGUUCUCAUUUCGAUAUGGAGAUCAUGUUCAACUACCUUGGCCGGUCCUCUGAAGUUGGAAGUGAGAACGCUCUUCUCUCGCAUGCCGAACUACCAGACGGCGAGACCUUCGACCAAUUGGUCCAAGAUGAAAAGCUUCCCCGCUGGUCUCUCUUCGACAUCGUUGCCCUUGUUGUUGGCGGCAGAACCCACGUUACCAUGGCCUAUAACAAGCACAUGCAACACCAGGAUAGAAUCGUUGAGUGGGCAGCCAAGACAAAGUCCACUCUGAGCCUUGCCAUUGAGGUUCUCAGUGGAGUGAAAAGCCUGCCGCUCACUCCGCCAACGACUCCCAAACCCUCACCCGUGCAGCACCAGCCCCAGGAUCAAUGCAUCACCCUCGACAGCAUUGAAGGAAUUUACCCCUGUGCCCCAGUACAGCGUCACAUGCUCACAGAGCGCGAAAAGCACCCCAACCGCCGCUUGUACGAAAUGGAUUUCACUUACCAAGCUCAUGCACUCAAUGGUGUCGUCGACGCGGAUAGAAUCCGCGAAGCAUGGCACCAGGUCGUGCAACGCCAUCCCGCACUCCGAACUGUCUUCCUUCCCAGCAUGUCUUCGCCCGGCUCCUACGAUCAAGUUAUCAUUCGAAACUGGCACCCCGAGGUCCCCAUGAUCGAGUGUGCCAGUGAGGAGGAGAUGACGGCUCGCAUGGACGCCUACCGAUCGGUCAACUACAGCCUCUCGAACAGAAAGCCACACCAUCAGCUCACCUUGUUCAGUACAACAGUCAAUGGCGUGCAAAAGGUUGCCUUCAAAACCGAAACAGACCACACACUUACCGACGGCGUUUCUGUCGCUCUGAUCCUCCGUGACCUGAUGCUGGCGUACGAGGGCAAGCUUCCCGUCACCCCAGCCCCGUCAUUCGGUAGCUAUUCAGUCUGGGUCAACGGGAUGAGCCAAGGCGAGACACUAGUUAAGGACAAGGAAUACUGGCUAGAGUUCGCGCGGAGCGCAGGCCCAUCGCUUAUCCCUCAUACUGAUGCCUCCACCCUCGUACUAUCCCAACCCCGGGUCCACAAGACAAAGACCAUCAACCUGGAUUCGGAAACUACCAGCCGACUCCCCGCCUUCUGCGUGCAGCACGGUGUCACUAUGGCAGCGUUCCUCCAGACGGCCUGGGGAAUGGUGUUACAGCACCUCACGGGAUCUGACAAGACGCUCUUCUCCUUCAUGACCGCCAACAGGGAUGCGCCGUUCGCCGGCGCAGCAGAGACCGUUGGUCCGCUCAUUCAAAUGCUUCUGUGUCGGAUCGAUCUCAGCAACAAGGAGAUUGGCGACGUGUUGAGGCAAGCACGAGAUGACUUCCUCGAGUCGCUGGAGCAUCAGUACGGACUGGCCCAGAUGGAAGACGUGUGGCAGAUCCCAGCGUGGAAUUCCCUUAUGAGUCUACAGUACAUGGACUCGCGAGUGGGUCAGAAGGCCACGGAGAGGACUGAACUGGAGGUUGAGCUGCGUUCGGCAGAAGAUCCCACUGCGUGGGACGUGUCGAUCGGUGUGCAGAUCCAUAGUCGGGGAGACGGUGUUACUGAGGUGGAUGCGGAGCUUGGCUAUUGGUCCGAUGUGCUCACGAAUGAGCGGGCAGGAGAUGUGAAGGAUUUGUUUGAAGUAUCUGUGAAGAAGAUGCUUGAUGGAUGUUGA